CCAGUACUGCUUCGUGAAAAUAAGGCAGAGGAGGAAAAAAGCUACUCUGCGGGGGUUGGAAAAAUUCUCUGCGCUUCAUGUAGAUAGGAAUCGAGUCCUUCAAUUGUUUCUCAGCACGACUCGUCCCGAGUCUUGACUCAUGGCCAAUAACCCAUCCGAGGCUUCCACCGACGACUUCUUCGAACAAAUCCUUGGGCUCCCAACCUUCGCUUCCAUUGACUCCGGCCUGGCUGGAGCUGAUGGCGGCUUGGCCGGUACGGCUUCUCCGGCUCCUAAGAUGCUGCAGCUCAACUCAAGCGAUGCCACCGGCCACCCCUCUGCCGUCGGUGCUGCUGGCGGUACUGGUUUUCAUGGACCAGUAUACCAGUUAGGCCUCAGUUUGGAGCAAGGAAAAGGAGGAAGUUAUUUUAAAACCGAGGAGGCUUCGGGCAGUGGGAAGCGCUUUCGCGAUGACAUCGUUGAUGGUAGAACUAAGAAUGUUUUUCAUGGGCAGUCUAUGCCAUCUAGCAUUCCUGCUGCUCCACAGCCACCAACAAUGCGACCAAGGGUGCGGGCUAGAAGAGGACAGGCCACAGAUCCACACAGCAUAGCUGAACGGUUGCGCAGAGAAAGAAUAGCGGAAAGAAUUAGGGCCUUGCAGGAACUGGUUCCUAGUGUUAAUAAGACAGAUAGAGCUGCCAUGUUAGAUGAAAUUGUGGAUUAUGUCAAGUUCUUAAGACUUCAAGUGAAGGUUUUGAGUAUGAGUAGAUUAGGUGGAGCCGGUGCAGUUGCACCACUGGUGACUGACAUCCCAUUAUCAUCAGUUGAGGAAGAUGGAAGUGAAGGUGGAAGAAAUGAAGCAGUGUGGGAGAAGUGGUCGAAUGAUGGCACGGAAAGACAAGUAGCUAAGCUUAUGGAGGAAAAUGUUGGAGCUGCCAUGCAAUUCCUUCAAUCGAAGGCCCUCUGCAUAAUGCCGAUCUCACUCGCGUCUGCAAUAUACCACUCGCAGCCACCAGACACCUCAAGCAUAGUUAAGUCUGAGACUAAUCCUCCUCCAUAGAAGACCUCACCCUCCUCCAAGGCCUCACCUAACACUGCUGGGACCCCCCAUUUAUGUGUGUUUCAAAACCCCCAUAAUUCCAGUCACUGGAUGCAAUCAAAGUCAGAUGCCAUAGUUGUAUCUUUUUUGCCUUUCUUUUUCUGCUUUUUUUUGUCAGUGCAGGGGUGGAUGUCAAUGCCUUGAAAAUAUGACAGACCCCACCUUGUCUUGCUAAGUUUCAAGUAAAAGGAAAGGAAUUGUCAAAGUUCACUUGAUAAGCUCUUGCUUUUUUGGAUCAAUGGGUGGAGUGGGGGUAGUGGAACAUUACGGGAGCGCUUUUUAUAAUGUAAUGGUUUGUGGGACCUUGUCAUAGGAUAGAGGGGAUGUAAUUUCUCAAGAAUUUGAGACGAAUAAUGUUUGCUUUGAAGAAUGCUGUUUUUUGCGGAGUCCCGCAGAAAAUGAUUAUACUUUUUGUUUGUUAU